AUGCGCAUUCUUAAGCUUAAUUUCAAACUUUUAACGAUAUUUGGAUGCUGGCGACCGGAUUCUUGGUCGUCACUGCAUAAACGCGUAGCAUACUACAUGUAUACCAGUAUAAUAAUUAUAAUACUAAAUACCUUUGUACUAUCGCAACUGAUGGACGUAAUUCUAACUGUAAACAACGCCGAUGAUUUUUCCGAAAAUUUCUUUAUAUUAAUUGCCAUGUUCAUUUCUUGUUGUAAAUUGUUCAUUUUACUCAUGAAUCGCAAAAAUAUUAUUAUGUUGAUAGGCAUUCUAAUGAAAGAACCUUGUAGACCGUCGAGAUCGUCUGAAAUGGAGAUUCUAUAUAAAUUCGACGAAAGCAUACAAAUUAACACUCGACGUUUUAUAUGCUUGGGAACAGUAACAUGUUUAUGUGUCGUAUUGACAUCUUUGUCAUUGAACUUCAGAACUAGAAAAUUAACGUAUAGAGCAUGGUUGCCAUUUGAUUAUUCGUCAACAUUAUUGUUCUACCUGAUGUAUGCUCAUCAAUUGAUAUGUUUAAUUGCCGGAGGAUUUCUAAAUAUUGGUUGCGAUACUCUCAUCUGUGGAUUAUUGGUCCAUAUUUGCUGUCAAAUUGAGAUAUUGACUUAUCGUUUGAAAAAUAUUGUAUCUUAUUCAAAUAUACUUCGCGAUUGCGUACAUCAACAUUAUCAUAUCUUCAAACUUGCGUUUAUUGUAAAUGCGAAAUUUAGAUUAACUAUUGCUAUCCAAUUUGUAACUAGUACGUUGGUGGUAUGCUUCAGUCUUUAUCAAUUAAGUACAGCAACAACAAAAGCUAAAUAUAUUGAAAUGAUAUUAUAUAUAUCUUGCAUGUUAACAGAAAUAUUCUUCUAUUGCUGGUACGGCAACGAAUUAAAAAUAAAGAGUCAUCAAAUGAUCGAUAAUAUUUUUGAAAUUGAAUGGUUGGCAUUGGAUGAAAAUAGGAAGAAGUCUCUAAUGAUAAUAAUGAGCCGGGCAAUCGUACCUAUUCAGAUUACCUGUGCUUAUAUUGUUCCCAUGGAUCUUAAUUCCUUUAUGAGUUUACUUAAGACGUCGUAUUCUACAUACAACUUACUUCAACAAAUCCGGGAAUAA